UCCUGUGAUGGAAGAUCUAGUGGGACUUCGUGAGGGGUCUUCAGGGAGUCCUGUGGCCUUGCAAGAGCUAUGGGGUCCCUGCCCCAGGGCCCAGCGCCGAAUCAGAGAUCUUCUAGAGAGAGUGAAGAAACAGCUCUUCCGGGUGGGUGAAGACUGGUAUUUCUUGGUUGGCCUAGGAGUGCUCAUGGCUCUCAUCAGCUUUGCCAUGGACUUCAUUGUCUCCAGAGUCGUCCAUGCACACAUGUGGCUGUAUCGAGAAAUUGGAGACAACCAUCUGCUUCGUUACCUUUCUUGGACUGUGUAUCCCAUAGCCCUGGUCUCUUUCUCUACUGGUUUUUCCCAGAGCAUCACCCCUUUCUCUGGAGGCUCCGGACUCCCAGAAAUGAAGGUCAUUUUAUCAGGCAUAAUCCUGGAGGAUUACUUGGACAUCAAGAACUUUGGGGCUAAAGUGGUGGGCCUCAGUUGCACCCUAGCAGCUGGUAGCACCAUCUUCCUUGGCAAAGUGGGUCCCUUCACACAUCUUACCAGCAUGAUUGCUGCUUACAUGGGAAGGGUGCGCAUUUCAGCACUUGGAGAGUAUGAGAACAAGAUCAAACAGAAUGAGCUGUUGGUGGCUGCAGCAGCAGUGGGUGUAGCCACUGUCUUCGGGGCACCCUUCAGUGGGGUCCUGUUCAGCAUCGAGGUCAUGUCCUCCCACUUUGCUGUAUGGGAUUACUGGAGAGGCUUCUUCUCUGCGGUCUGUGGUGCCUUCAUGUUCCGUCUCCUGGCUGUCUUCAACAGUGAGCAAGAGACCAUCGCUUCCCUCUUCAAGACGAGAUUCCGGGUAGAUAUACCCUUCGACCUACCAGAGAUCUUCUUCUUUGUACUGCUUGGGUUUAUCUGUGGGAUCAUGAGCUGUGCCUACCUCUUCUGCCAUCGCAAAUUUGUGUUGUUUAUUCAAACCAACUGGAUUACCAAAAAGCUGCUUGCCACAGAAAAACCUCUGUACUCAGCCCUGGCAGCACUGGUGCUGGCUUCCAUCACCUACCCACACAGCCUGGGGAGAUUCAUGGCAUCCAGGUUGUCUAUGAAUUUGUACUUGAAUUCACUGCUUGACAACCGAUCCUGGGCUCUGCUAUCCCGGAAUUCCACCCCUGAAUGGCCCCAAGAAGUAGAUCCCCAAAACCUGUGGUUUGAAUGGUACCAUCCCCAGUUUACCAUCUUUGGCACCCUUUGCUUCUUCCUGGCCAUGAAGUUUUGGAUGCUGAUUCUGGCUACUACGAUUCCUAUGCCAGCUGGGUACUUCAUGCCUGUAUUUAUCUAUGGGGCUGCCAUUGGACGAAUUUUUGGUGAGAUCCUAGCCUUUAUCUUCCCAGAAGGCAUCAGGACAGAUGAUGGGGUCAUCAAUGUCAUCAUACCUGGUGCAUAUGCUCUGGCAGGAGCUGCUGCCUUCUCAGGAGCUGUGACUCAUACCAUCUCUACAGCCUUGCUGGCCUUUGAGCUCACAGGCCAGUUUGUCCAUGUGCUGCCUGUCUUGAUGGCUGUACUUAUGGCCAAUGCUGUGGCUCAGAAGUGCCAGCCCUCCUUCUAUGAGAACAUUAUUAUUGCUAAGAAGCUACCAUAUUUGCCUCGGGUCAGAGGUCGAAAACUCAACUCCCACCAGGUGACCACUGAACUUUUCAUGAACCCAGAUAUCACCACAUUGGCCAAAGAUUCCACCUUGGAUGAGGUAGUCAAGACUGUGACCUCCUCAGGAGCUGUUGAGUACCCACUGGUGGAGAGUGAAGAAUCCCAGGUCUUGGUGGGCAUAAUACAUAGGGUUCACCUGUUGCCCUUACUUCAGGCAGAGUCAACUAUCCUGGCAUCCAGGCACCAGUGUCGUCUCCAUGAGGUCCUGGCUGGGGCCUGUCCUGUGGAGCCUGUGACCCUCCAGCUGUCACCCCAGACCUCCCUACACCAGGUUCACCACCUUUUUGAAAUCUUGAAAAUGGAGAGGAUUUUGGUGACAUCAUUGGGUCGAGUUGUGGGUUUCAUCUCCUGGGUGGAGUUGAAGAAAGCCAUUGCUGAGCUGGCAAACCCCCCAACUCCUAAAUAAGGUGGUGUGGUGGAGGAGAAAGGUGUGGAGUCCACCAGCCCCAUACUGUUGGCUUGAUCAAAGUACCAGGCUAUUGCUGCUUCUACCACUCUAGGACAACACCCUAUGAUAUUGGUGUCCCCAGUGGCCCUUAGGCUCAAAGCAUUCUCAGUUCCCUGACACAAACCCACCCCUAAGCCUAGUCCUUUCUUUAUUGUGUCAUUAGAUAUCAUCCUCAGAGGUGAUCUUACCCAGUUCAGUAAGCUUCUUGAGAGUAGAAUCAUUUUUUCAUUUUGCUUUUAGAGUCCCUUUUUCUAGCUCUGUGCCUUAUACAUGCCUAAUAAAUUCUUGGUGAAUUAAGUGGAA